UUUAAACCGAGGCAGUCUAAGGGAAAAAUGCAAGAACUAAAGCUUGGUGUCCUGACUUUGGUGUACCUUGUUGUAUUAUGUCUGAUUCAAUUAGGUGCCGCGGACCAGAACGGGCAAUCUUCAACUGUUUUAAAAGAAAACACAAAGAUCGCCUUACGAAAAGUGUGUGAGCAGUUGUGUUUUGAAGAAUCAGCGAAUUGUCCGAACGAAUGUCAAAUGGCGAUAUUUCAACCCCUGGUUAGCAGCGAUGAUAUCCCGUCAUACGACAAGAGAGCGUCACGGGGAAUAGACGGCCUUACAUUUGAUGACUAUUUGUUCUUGAGAUGGCUUGGUCGAGAUAUGAGCCGAAGGAGGAGAGUAUACAAGUAACGAGCCCAAAAUAGGGGGUCGCUUUCUCUUCUUCAAGCAAACGUAAAUGCGUCAUCCACUUUCAUAUGAAGUGAAACAUAAAAAUACGGCGUGAUUAGCUAAUACAAGUGCAUUUGAUAAGCCUGGCAUCAAAGCAGAGUGAAGUCAUACAUGAAGGGGAAUAAUUGUUUUAUGGUUUUGUAUGAUGGAUGUAUUCUUAACAGUUUGUAAACCAAUAUUGAACCCAGUUCAACUGAUGUUG